AUGAAGCUGAAGGACUCAUUCCUUGCUUCUCAUAGUCAACAGAGGAAGAGCUCAGGUUGGCUUGAAAGCAGGAAGAGAUUGCCUGUCUUCCAGCCAAAUCCAGCCUCCAAAAUGAUCCAGGUUCUCUUGGUAACCAUAUGCUUAGCAGUUUUUCCUUAUCAAGGGAGCUCUAUAAUCCUGGGAUCUGGGAACGUUAAUGAUUAUGAAGUAGUGUAUCCACAAAAAGUCACUUCAUUGCCCAAAGGAGAAGUUCAGCCAAAGUAUGAAGACACCAUGCAAUAUGAAUUUAAAGUGAAUGGAGAGCCAGUGGUCCUUCACCUGGAAAAAAAUAAAGGACUUUUUUCAAAAGAUUACAGUGAGACUCAUUAUUCCCCUGAUGGCAGAGAAAUUACAACAUACCCCUCGGUUGAGGAUCACUGCUAUUAUCAUGGACGCAUCCAGAAUGAUGCUGACUCAACUGCAAGCAUCAGUGCAUGCAAUGGUUUGAAAGGACAUUUCAAGCUUCAAAGGGAGACAUACUUUAUUGAACCUUUGAAGUUUUCUGACAGUGAAGCCCAUGCAGUCUACAAAUAUGAAAAUGUAGAAAAAGAGGAUGAGGCCCCCAAAAUGUGUGGGGUAACCCAAACUAAUUGGGAAUCAGAUGAGCCCAUCAAAAAGGCCUCUAAGUUAGUUGUUACUGCUGAACAACAAAGAUACUUGAACCACUUCAGAUUCAUUGAGCUUGUCAUAGUUGCGGACUACAGAAUGUUCACGAAAUUCAACAGCAAUUUAACUGAAGUAAAAACAUGGGGAUAUGAAAUUGUCAACACUUUAAAUGAGAUUUACAGAUAUUUGUACAUUCGUGUAGCACUGGUUGCCCUAGAAGUUUGGUCCAACGGAGAUUUGAGUAACGUGACGUUAUCAGCAUAUGAUACUUUGGACUCAUUUGGAGAAUGGAGAAAAAGAGAUUUGCUGAAGCGCAAAAGUCAUGAUAAUGCUCAGUUACUCACGUAUGUCUCAUUGUGGGGAAAGGGAGUGGGGGUGGCUGGGAGUGAAGGGUUAUGAGAAGGUUAGUGCUUA